ACAGGAUUUGUCAGUGUUUGGGUUGCUCUGCCUCUGGGACGUAAACACUUGCUGUAGCUGCUGAUUCGCUACAUCUCAUUCUGCUCCCACAAUUCAACAGGCAACAAAGGAAGAGGCCGUCAGCUACAAAGUGUUAGCCAACCUAGCCAGAGAGAUGCCACCUUAUUGUGUCAUCCUAGUCGGAAAUGUAAACCGGCACGUUUAGAGAAGAACCUAAUUCAGCCAUAAUAAUGCUUUAUACUUUAGUUUUGGGUGUAAUAGUUGAUUAAAGGGAGGCGAACGGUAAUGUUUUCGACAGCAAACGCUAACAAAGCUAGCCGAUUGACUUAGUAGUAAGCUAAUAUUAGCCAAGCUAACAGUAGCCAACAAUCGUGAAGAAGCGAACCUUUCAUGAACGUCUUGUGUAGAAGAGAUGCCAUCCCCUCUGGGUUAUUUUGCCCAGUGAGACAAGCAGAAGUGACCGGCAUCAAAUGAAAGGUGGUGGAAGUGGAACUUGACCCAUCCAACUGAGUCACCAUUUUCCUGCACAUAAUGGGUUUGAUGGCUCCACUGUAUGCAUGACUUGUUUGGUGCGGCCUGAUGGGAGGACACUGUGGAUAGUACUUUCAUCAGGAUACCAGGAGAGCCAACCCAUGCCCCCACUUUGGAGGGCCUGUCAGAAUGAAGAAGAUAAGCCUUAAGACCAUCCGCAAGUCCCUCAGCAUAAAGGGCAAAGAGGAGGGGGAUUUUGUCAUGCUCCAGCAGCCCUCGGUGACUCCAGAUUUUUCGAAGGAAGAGUCACUUUUUGGGGGCUGCUACACCAAAGAGCUAUCUGGUUGUGACCUUGGUAGUGAAGAGGACAAAGGAGGCCAGAAUAAGAGCCGCUCAAAGAGCGAGAGCCUGAUGGGAUCACUAAAGAGGAGACUGUCUGCUAAGCAGAAGGCAAAAGUAAAAGGCAGCUCCUCUGCCAUAGGCUCAGUGGAUGAUGACGACACCUUCUCCUCCUCUUCUGUGCCCAUCAGCUUCAACGAGGUGAAAGCCCAGAGACCCCUUAGAUCCGCGUCCCUACGUAGUCACCAUUAUAGCCCUUCACCGUGGCCUCUGCGCUCCGUAAACUCCGAUGAAGCGUGCAUCAAGAUGGAGGUAAAGGUUAAAGCCAUGGUUCACUCUCCCAGCCCCAGUCCCAACUUAAAUGGUGUCCGAAAAGAAUUUCAUGAUUUUCAAAUAGAAGGGCUCUUUCAGGACCAAGCAGGAUCCUUAAAGCAUCUCCAACAGCCACAAAACGGGGAGCUGCAUUUAAAUCUCGAUGAAAAUGACGUGCCUGUGGCGCUGGGGUUGACUCCCCAGGACUACAUCCAGUACACGAUGCCUUUAGAUGAGGGAAUGUACCCAGAAGGGUCCCACUCUUUCUGCCUGGAAAGCUCCUCUCCUAUGGAGGUGGUGACUGAAGCAGACAGCGCGUCCCUCCACACAGACCAGGGACAGGAGGAACAUGAGCUGGUUUGUGGGCUGCCUCCGGAUCUCUUCAUGGAAGCCUCGGUUAAUAGUCUUCUCAUUGGUUCCGCUGGUGUGAUGCUCCAAAGUUCUCGAGUCGAGGUCCCACCUCCCCUCUCUCCGCUCCUGCUGCCCAUGAUGCUUAAUGGACGUAUUCCAAGGACUUUUUCAGGGUUCAGCUCUUCGGACAGACAGGUAGCCGAGAGGGUAAGACACCACCUCAACUUUGACCCGAAUUCGGCUCCCGGGGUCAGUCGGGUGUACGACUCGGUGCAGAGCAACGGGCCCAUGGUCGUCACCAGUCUGACAGAGGAGCUGAAGAAGCUGGCGAGGCAGGGCUGGUACUGGGGCCCCAUCACACGCUGGGAGGCUGAGGAGAAGCUGGUCAACUUGGCCGACGGCUCAUUCCUGGUCAGAGACAGCUCAGAUGACAGGUACCUACUCAGCCUGAGUUUCAGGUCACAGAACAAAACCCUCCACACCCGCAUUGAACACUCCAAUGGCCGCUUCAGCUUCUACGAGCAGCCUGACGUGGAGGGACACACGUCCAUCGUUGACUUAAUCGAACACUCUAUCAGAGACUCUGAGAAUGGAGCUUUUUGCUAUUCCAGGUCUCGCUUACCAGGGUCUGCAACCUACCCCGUCAGACUAACCAACCCAGUAUCUCGGUUUAUGCAAGUGCGCUCCCUGCAGUAUCUCUGUCGCUUUGUCAUUAGGCAAUACACGAGGAUAGAUCUGAUCCAGAAACUGCCCUUACCGAACAAGAUGAAAGAUUAUCUGCAAGAGAAGCACUACUGAGGACACAGAGAUAGGACAGUGGUAGCAAUUUUGCACUUUUGUGUUCAGUUAAGAGAUUUCAAGAAGGUUUACAGACGACCACAGUUUGGAGAUGAUUGGUUCUGGUGGCUCUUGAUUUGUGUCCAGGUGACUCUGUCGAUGUUAAGUCCUCCAUUCCAUUGUAAUGGGUUUUCCCUGCUGGUUUUAGGAGGCUGUACUUCCAUAAACAUAGGCCAGCACAUAAUCUAUUGCAGAAGUAUAGAAUAGGGAUACAGCCAAAUUGUCUUAGCUGCAUAGAUUAAGUGCAGACAUUAGUGUCGUGUAACAUCCAGCUGUGCAAGUAGAGCAGGUUUUCAAAGAAUUGCCAUCUGCUUUAAAGUUGAGCCUAUAGGACGAAAAAUUAAAAAAACGUGCUGAAUUUCAAAAUUAAUUUCAUUUUUAUCCUCCAAAUUGUACAUUUAAAAGAUGAAAAAGUAUUGCUACAGUGAAGUUUUUCAAAUCAAAUGUCAAAUUGUCUGCAGACUGACCUAUUUUGAUCAUCUUUUGCUUUUUAUUACUCGUCAAAUUGUUUUCAUCAUGACCGAACUACAAAUUAGAACAUCAUUUUGCAUUCAUACUUUACCAAGUGGUGAUGGCCAACCUAUGAUUGUUACGUUAACCAUAUUGUUUUCUAACUUACAAACUUAUCUACUUGUCCAGUGGAUGCAGUUUCUUCCUCAGGUAUUCUCUGACUCAACAGCUGACUUUUUACAAAUCCAGUUGUGCUUCAGUACGCUUAGCCUGGUGCAGCCUUUACAUUCGAGUCACGUUUCCUGCUUUCAUUUGUAUAAACACGGACAUUAAUAGACAUGGAAACACUAACCACAGCACCAUAUAAAUCCAAAAAAACCAGGCCCACAAUAUGAACAUGUUGGUGCAAAAGAUGUCCAAAAUGUGCCGGUCUGUGAGAGGGCUUUAACAGUUUGGUAAGAGAAGUAACUUUAAAUAGUAUGGCUGCAUGUAGCCAUUAUAUAAUGUGCAAGCCUAAAGGUACUGACCAUGCUGGAUUUUAACGUGCCGUUUGUAGAAACGGCAUCAAAAUGAUGUAUAAACCUUCUUGAAAUAUUACCAAUAAUCAUUGAAUCUUUCUGCAUUAGGAAUGUUACAAAAAAAACUGCACCGCAGCUCAGGCCUAACAACUUUGUCACUAUCUGUAAUGCUUGUAUCUGCAUGUGGGAACGGCGGUCAGCUAAGGGCACAGUAGGGUCACUCUAAAUGAGAGGAUGUCACAGUAAAAGUGUGCUGAAGCGCAACUCUGAGCAAAAAGCUGUUUAGCGCACAUUUACCUUAGGCCGCUUAUAAGUAAAGGAAAUGGCCCUCAGUUAACCUGCAACCUGUAGUCGAUUGUAAUGAGCUGGACCCACAACCAACGAAGCCCCGACAAUGUGUGAGCUUAGGUAAAAGGACUUUGGGGAAAGCCAGGGUUAAGUCCUCCUCGCCGUCUUGGGAGUGAUGCCAGCGUCUCGGGCACACGGCAAAAAGUUAUAUCACAGCUGCGCGGCAUCAUUAGUGUCAUAUAAGUUUCAAGGGCAAGUUUUUGCCAUUGCUUCUUCACAUUGUCCCCACAGAGCUGCACUCCCCCACAGACCGUCUCUACUUGGCUGUUUGUGCCAGAGUAAAGGGAAGAGCACACAGUAAGCUACGCAAGUGCUUUAUACGGAUACUUUGACAGGGAAUUGUGUUUUUUCACAUCAUGAACGAGCAUCUUUUUUUGACAUCGGUGUCCAUUUUUAAAAACGUAUUUGGGAAAUGGUCUCUCAGACAGCUUUGGUAGGUCGUUAGUGCAUAGUUCUAGUUUCAGUUCGCUGGAAGUGUCGGCGUCUGAGGAAGUUAACCGUGAAUCUAGCACAGCAGAAAUUAGAUAGGAACUUUGAAUGGUGUUGCAUGUUUAAAGACUUAAAGCUUCAACCCUUUGAGUUGUAUAGGAAUGAAGGAUCUAGGUUGUGUGUUCGGCUGUGUAGAGGGACGCUGUUCUGCCACAUACAUCGGCUGGACAUUCUGUGUACAAGAAAUGUUUUUUCCUUUUUUAGAAAUCCUCACGUGAGUUUGUUUUGUGACAUUUGCCGUCUGGGGGGAUGGGGGGGGGGGCUGUACAAAAGGAAUGUACGCUUGUUUGAGGUAUCCAUUCUAUCCUUCGCCUGCAGACCAGUUUUCAGAAAGCAUGAGAAUCACAAGAACAACGUUGUCACAUUUCUUUUUUUUCUUUUUUUUUUUG